AUGUCUGAGUGGAAGCCACCGGCCUUUGGUACCCCCGUCUGGAUGAGCAUCCCUGCCACAGACGUCAGUCGUGCUACAGAGUUCUACAAGACUGUAUUCAACUUCAACUUCAAGCACUCCGACCACAAGAGUCCUGAUGAGUUCAGGAAACUCGACUUCAACCCCAGUCUUGGCUUGACAGGUGGUAUUCAGCAGGCUCCUGACCGAACUGGUAACUUCCAUCCAGGAAAAGGGGGUCUUAUGGUUUACUGGUUCGUCGAAAACGUUGACAGCAUCGGGCCUAUCAUUGAAAAGUCUGGAGGAAAAAUGUUGACUGAGAAGGAUAAAGAAGGCGAUUUUGGCCUGUAUAGAUUCUUUCAGGAUACUGAGGGAUCUGUUGGUGCCGUGUACCAGAUGGCUUGA